CCCUUCUCUUCCCUUUUCCCUCUGCUUUGGUUCAGCGUUUGCUGCUCGUGUUUUUCUCUUCCUUCGUUUUUCUACACGGCCUUUACGACACACAGCACGCUUCCUCGACGACACAAUACAACCUGCCCGAUCAGCCUGACACCUGGCUUUCUCUCCAACCAAGUCGCACUCAACGCUACUCCGCCAGCAUCGUGACCCCAAAACGCCAGCUACUCACCUACCAACAAAGCCAGCCAACCAACAACCUCUUCCUCCUCCUCCAAUACUACGCCUGCGUUCUUUGGUUGCAAACUUGACAACUUCACCCCAGCAAAGCAGCCGAUACACAGCAGAAGAGUGACUGUUGUCCAGCAGCAGCACGUACGCCGUCUGUGGUAAUAGUCGUCGCCUUCGUCAGCUGUUGUCACAGCAAACAAGACUAGAGUCAACCCUCGCUCAACCGCAAGUUUGGACGUUGGACGCUCAAUCACUGCGCACCUUUGUCUCUUACUCGUCUCCCCCGAUUUACUCGGAUUCAUAAACCCGUCUUGUUUGGAGUAGGAACCACAGUCGGCAUUGCCACUUGGACCUGCUCCUCUGUGUCUUGCUUGCCUUCUACUACUACCGCGAUCUCUGUCGCACCGUCCCUUCCCCUGCUUGCUCUGUUACCGCGACUCUGCCAGCCAUGCAGCACUACGCAGACAAUGAGCCCUACGAGAGGGAGCCUCUGGAUCCCGCCACGUCCAGACGCUCCUACCAUGAGGCGCCAGCUUCCAGAAGACCUGUCCCAAACUCGUACGCCCAACCACCACCACCACCCGCAGACGAGCCUCCCUACUACGACAACGCACACUACCACCAGGAUCACCGCGAUCACUCUCCCGCCUCUUCCAGCCCGUCUAGAGGACACGGCCAGCGAUACGAGAGCCCCCGCCAAGAUCCUGCCGCACCACCUCCACCACGACACGGCGACUAUUCCUACCGCCGCAACUCGAGACACGAACAACAGCAACAGCACCAGCAGCAACAGCACCAGCAGCAACAGCACCAGCAGCAACAGCCAUAUCAUCCUUCGUACGAUCUUGCCACCCCCGACGUCCACUAUAGCUCCGACGAUAUUAGCUUAAACAACCUCGACAACUACAGCCAGUCUGUCUCGAGAGACAACGGCAGCGGUUCUCUAGCCUACCACAGUCCGCGCCGUGCUUCACGUGAGGUCUAUACCGACGAGUACAACCAGGGCAAUCGUAUCCCCCCUCCGCCGUCACGUUUACAGCAUAACAGAAAUUCUAGGGGAAGCAACUCCCCAAGAAACAGCAACUACUAUCCUCCCAUUGCCGGGUCACCUGCUGGUCACCACCGUCUGGAUCGUGACUCUCGGUCAUCACUUAACCCGUUUGGCGCUGCAGCUUCCUCGGCCUCGUCGCUCUCAAUAGCGAGAAGCGGUCCGGCAUCCAUGGCGGACCCUUACGGAGAAGAAGCCUAUCGGAGCUAUGCCUCACUUCCGCGACACGACGACAACUUGGGUGUCGUCAACCCAGCCGAGAUUGAGGAUGACGGCGACGAUGGCCUUCAUUAUGGCCGUGGCUCCCGUAGUGCCUCGCGUACGGCCUCACGUACGGCCUCGCGGCAGGGUGCCAGAGCUGGUAUCGGAGCAGCUGCCGCCAUUGGUGCGGCCGCUGGUGGCCGCGCUGGCUCUUCCGCAUUGAACCGCGGUGUCUUUGCCCGUGAUAUGUCUCCUGAUGGACGAAGAGAUAGCUGGAAUGAGAAGCCACCGCGAAGUAAAAAGUGGAAGUGGGCUAUUAUUGUUUUGGGCUUCGUCAUUGUUGUAGGAGCCAUUGUCGGAGGUGUUGUUGGCUCCGUCAUUGCCGGUCGCAAGAACUCUGGCUCUGAUGCCGGCUUCAACGACGACAGCAAGGGAGACUUGAACGCCAACAGCGCCGAGAUUAAGUCGCUGCUGGCCACUAAGGGCCUCUAUCGUGUUUUCCCCGGUGUGGACUACACACCGAUGAACACGCAAUACCCCGACUGCACCAAAGCCGCGCCAUCGCAAAACAAUGUUACUCGUGAUGUUGCCAUUCUGAGCCGCCUGACGAAUACUAUUCGCCUAUACGGCACAGACUGCAACCAGACUGAGAUGGUGAUCCACUCGAUUAAGCAACUCGGCCUCGAGAAGGACAUGAAGAUUUGGAUGGGUGUCUGGCAAGACAAUGAUGCCAAGACCAACAAACGCCAGCUGGCGCAAAUGUGGGAUAUUCUUGACAAGUACGGAGCGGAUCCUUUCAAGGGCAUCAUUGUUGCCAACGAAAUCCUGUUCCGCAAGCAAAUGACCAUUAGCCAGCUCAGCACACUUAUGAGCAGUGUGCGCACUAACCUGACAGCAAAGGGUAUGUCUCUCCCGGUAGCAACGUCCGACUUGGGCGACGACUGGGACGCGACCCUUGCAGCAUCGAGCGACUACGUCAUGGCCAACGUGCAUCCCUUCUUCAGUGGCACAGAGGCGUCCAAGUCGGCGGCGUGGACAUUAGACUUUUGGAACACGCAUAACGCGAUCCUACUCAAGGACAAGAGCAAGGGUAUCAUUGCUGAGACUGGCUGGCCCACCAAGGGCGGCCACAGCUGCGGUGAAGCGACAACCUGCGACCCUGGCGCCGUGGCCGGCAUCGAUGAACUGAACCGCUUCAUGGCGGACUGGGUCUGUCAGUCGCUGGAGAACAACCUCAACUACUUUUGGUUUACUGCCUUUGACGAGCCGUGGAAAGUACGCUUUAACGAGCCGGGCAAGGAGUGGGAGGACCAAUGGGGUAUUCUCGACGUCAACCGAAAUCUGAAGAAGGGAGUCAAGAUUCCCGACUGUGGAGGCAAGACUGUAUAAAACAGAUCGAAUAGAGGGAGAUGAUGAUGUGUACUUUGCGUUUUAUGCUUUUGCGAUGGGAAUGCCAACCUGUUGCUUGUUAUGUAUUUUGGCCAGUGCGGGAUGGAUGAAGAGAGACGAUGUGAAUGGUGAUGAUGAGCCGGCGUUUUAUUCCAGUCGGUGUGUCGGUGUUUUCGUUUUUCUUUUUUGCUCAUGGCCCAAAACGAAGCCAGCUGCUUCUUGUUUUUGUUUUGCUUGGUUGUUUUAUAUUUGCAUUGCUAGAAGAAGGGAGGACAUACGGGUACGUAGAUAUAUCUAUAUACAUAUAUGGGCACGGAAUAUACAAUAUUGAUUACAUGG